AUGCCUGGAGAAUUCGAUUUCAUCACCUCGAUGAAAAUCCUGUCAUCAGUGUUCAAAGCGAAGACUCGUUGUGACCAACAACGUCCCUACUGCUCUCGAUGCUCCAGUCAGAAUGAGACCUGCGAAUACGCUGCCCAACCCACGUCCAUAUCCGCAGAGAAAUCCAUCCAUGAUGAUGAUUCGCCGACGCAAUCAACACUUACCGAUGUGAGCAUCACUACCAUGCGAGAACGGUGGCUGUAUCCCUGCCUCAAACAAUCUCCUCCAAGAGUCACGACACUAAAAGGGAGUAUUAUUCUUCUAUGUCGAGUCUUUCGGACGUAUCCUCGUAUGAUGUCGAGAAUGAUGCAACUGCCUCUCGUCGUGCAUGAUGCCCAGAUGCCCCGGGUCAAAGUACCACUUCCUCUUGCGCGCUGCUUUGGACUAUCACAAAUGUGGGAUGGCCUAGCGGAUACCGGUGGCUUCUCAGAUAUCGUGCAGACUGCCAUCAAGGCAAAAAUGGAUGGGCUUUUUAUCGAGUAUCGCACUUAUGGCCCAGAGACCUUGACCGUAGUUUUUCAAGUUCUUCUUGUUUAUUCCAUCAUCAUGCUGUUUCCAGUUCCCCACAAAUCUUCAUCCGGCCUUUGCGACCUUUCCAUUCUCGCCUCACUCCAUGAAUAG